UGAAAUAAUAUUUUUUAUUUAUUUUCAAUAUAUGAUAAAUCGUAUAUUAUUAUAAACAUGGAGCAAAUUGGCAUUUCAGACAAGAUACUUCAAUGUUUAGGCACCAGCAACUUAGAGUGAAAAAUUGUUGUAAUUCACUGAUGCAUUGACUAAAUAAUAAUUGAAAGAUACUAAAUAAUAGGUCUCAUAGGGAAGAUCUUGGAAGGUAGAGGAAUUGCGAUUGAAAUCAACAGAAGAUUUAACAAAAUUGUGGUAUGUAAUGUUGAAGGAAAAGAAUUUAUUAUUAUCAGAUGGCAUAUUUUUCAAAAAAGUGGUAGGUGUCAAAGGUAGGAUGGGAAAACUUGUGCAACUCAAAAUAUCAAUGGCCAGAUUAAAGACUGUUGUAUAGGAGAGGGAUAGAAUCAGAUAAAAAUAUAGAAAAUAAUUAGAAGAUGAGUACGUGAAAUAAAAGACAGAAUAAUAUUUGGCUUAGCAAUAAGAAAUCAGUAAGUCAGAAAUUGAAGUUCCAGAAAUAACCCCUAAUCUUUUAAGAGCCAAAGUCAGAGAUCUUAAAUUGGGAAAAGAUGAUGUCUCCUAUAUUGAACAGGCAUUAAGAAUUAAACAUAAGAAAGAAGAUUAUAAAUAGUAUUUAAGAGAGAAAUAUGAUUAUAAAAAUAAGCCAAUUGUUAGGUUGGGAGAGAGUCUCCCAGAGGGAAAGACAGAGGAUUAAGUCAUUAGAUAAUUUAAGUCUUCAGUAUAAGAAUAAAUAGAGACUGCUAAACCAAUACCUUAAGAUGAGAUUUUGAGAUCACAUGUCAAAAAUUGGUUCAUGUUGGGUCCAAAAUAAAAGAGAGUCAUUGUGAAUUUCUUAUAGGCAAGAAGAGCCAGAGAAUCUAAAUCACUAUUUUUAAGAGAAUUAGACUUAUUAGGAUAGAAGAUUAGACAUGAUUUACAACAAUACCAAUAAUAAAAAUAAGCAUAGUAGUAAUGAUAUAAUAUAUAAUGAGUAUUAAAGAAAUUAUCAAAUAAAAUAUGAUCUUUUAA